CCCCCGCGCGCCCGUUGGCAAAGCCGAGUGGAUUGGCACCCCCCUCUUCUUCAGGUUCCUAAUGUGAGAGGUUAGACCCUGAUCAUGGAGGUGCUUCAGUGCGAUGGCUGUGACUUCAGAGCCCCAUCUUAUGAAGAUCUCAAGGCGCACAUUCAGGAUGUCCACACGGCCUUUCUGCAGCCCACUGAUGUUGCUGAAGACAAUGUGAAUGAGCCACGGUCCGGGUCUAUGAAUGCCAGUAAUCAAACAGAGGUGGAAUUUUCUUCUAUAAAAGAUGAAUUUGCUAUUGCAGAGGAUUUAUCAGGUCAAAAUGCUACUGCAUUGGGAUCUGGAAGUUACUAUGGACACAGUCCAGGAUAUUACAGUCAGCAUCUUGCUCCUAAUCCAAAACCAACCAACAAAUUUUUUCAAUGCAAGUUCUGCGUACGCUACUUCAGGUCAAAAAACCUCCUCAUUGAACAUACUAGGAAGGUCCAUGGAGCUCAAGCUGAAGGGGGUUCCGUGGGACCCCCAGUUCCAGGAUCCUUAAAUUAUAAUAUCAUGAUGCAUGAGGGAUUUGGAAAGGUCUUCUCCUGCCAAUUUUGCACAUACAAGUCACCAAGGAGGGCAAGAAUAAUGAAGCACCAGAAGAUGUAUCACAAGAACAAUUUGAAGGAGACCUCUGCUCCCCCACCAGCCCCUGCUCCAAUGCCAGACCCUGUGGUUCCUCCUGUGUCCCUGCAAGAUCCCUGCAAAGAACUGCCAGCAGAGGUGGUGGAGCGCAGCAUCUUAGAGUCCAUGGUCAAACCUUUGACUAAGUCUCGAGGCAACUUUUGCUGUGAGUGGUGCAGCUAUCAGACCCCACGCCGAGAACGCUGGUGUGACCACAUGAUGAAGAAACACCGAAGUAUGGUCAAGAUACUUUCCAGUCUCAGACAGCAGCAAGAAGGGACUUCUAAUCUACCAGAGGUGCAGAACAGUGACCCCAGCCCCACUUCCAAUUCCACUUAUCUGUCUAUGAAUGCUGCAAGCCGGGAGAUCCCCAACACUAAUGUCUCCAGCUACCGGGGAUCCAUGAGCAACUCCAUCAUGAGACCUAAUUCUUCUGCUUCCAAGUUUUCACCCAUGUCUUACCCUCAGAUGAAGCCGAAGUCACCUCACAAUUCUGGCCUCGUUAACUUGGCGGAGAGAUCUCGUUAUGGAAUGGCUGACAUGACCAAUUCUUCUGCUGAUCUGGAAACGAACAGCAUGCUGAAUGACUCUAGUUCUGAUGAAGAGUUAAAUGAAAUAGACAGUGAGAAUGGUCUAAAUGCCAUGGAUCACCAGGCGUCAGGUCUGUCUGCAGAGCAGCUGAUGAGCUCAGAUGGCAACAAGUUAUUGGAGACCAAGGGGAUUCCAUUCAGAAGGUUCAUGAACAGGUUCCAGUGCCCUUUUUGUCCUUUCCUCACCAUGCAUCGACGGAGCAUCUCCCGUCAUAUAGAGAACAUCCACUUGUCUGGAAAGACCGCCGUCUACAAGUGUGACGAAUGUCCGUUUACUUGCAAAAGCUCCCUGAAACUCGGGGCUCACAAACAGUGUCACACGGGUACAACGUCAGAUUGGGAUGCUGUGAACUCCCAGAGUGAAAGCAUUUCUUCCUCACUGAAUGAAGGCGUCAUGUCUUACGAGAGCUCGAGCGUCAAUGGUAGAAAGUCAGGGGUCCUGCUGGAUCCUUUGCAGCAGCAACAGCAACAGCAGCAGCCGCCGCCACCUCCGCCACCACUGCCACCACCACCACCACCCCCUCCAUCACAGCCGCAGCCACCCCCGCUCCAGCCACCACAUCAGGUGCCACCGCAACCCCAACCACCACCACCACCACCACAGCCACCCUUGCAAGCCGCUCCCCUGCACCCUUACAAAUGCACCAUGUGCAACUACUCCACCACCACUCUGAAAGGGCUAAGAGUCCAUCAGCAGCACAAACACUCAUUCUGCGACAACUUGCCAAAAUUCGAGGGGCAACCCUCAAGCCUACCAUUGGAAAGUGAGACAGAGAGCCAUCCCUCUUCCAGUAACACUGUGAAGAAAAGUCAGACCUCAAUUCUUGGGUUGUCCUCCAAGAACCAUUUUGUAGCUAAGGCCUCUAGGAAACUUGCGAAUGACUUUCCCCUUGAUUUAUCGCCUGUAAAGAAGAGAACUCGGAUUGAUGAGAUAGCCAGCAACUUGCAGAGCAAAAUUAACCAAACCAAACAACAGGAAGAUGCAGUCAUCAAUGUCGAGGAUGACGAGGAGGAAGAGGAAGACAAUGAAGUAGAGAUAGAGGUUGAGUUAGAUAGGGAAGAAGAGCCAACAGAGCCAGUCCUGGAGGUGUCCACCUCCUUUUCAGCCCAGCAGCUCUGGGCGAGAGAUGCUGGGGAGCCUCCCAAGGAACCCAGCUUCAGGAAUGUCACCCAUGACUACAAUGCCACCAAUGGGGCUGAGAUUGAGCUUACUCUUUCUGAAGAUGAAGAGGAUUACUAUGGCUCCUCUGCAAACCUGAAAGACCUCCAGGUUUCGAAUGCUGCCCUGCUGAACACUCCAACACCUCUCUAUGGGACUGAGCACAAUAAUGAAACUACAGACUUUGGUGACUCUGGAAGGCUUUACUAUUGCAAACACUGUGACUUUAACAACAAAUCUGCCCGGAGUGUGAGCACCCACUACCAACGAAUGCACCCAUAUAUUAAAUUCAGUUUUAGGUACAUCUUAGACCCCAAUGACCACAGUGCAGUCUACAGGUGCCUGGAAUGCUACAUCGAUUAUACCAACUUUGAAGAUCUGCAACAGCAUUACGGCGAACACCAUCCAGAAGCCAUGAAUGUCCUCAACUUCGACCAUUCGGAUCUGAUCUACCGGUGUCGGUUCUGUUCAUACACGAGUCCGAAUGUUAGGAGCCUGAUGCCACAUUACCAAAGAAUGCAUCCCACGGUGAAGAUCAACAACGCAAUGAUAUUUUCCAGCUAUGUCGUGGAGCAACAAGAAGGGCUGAACACAGAAUCCCAGACGCUCCGGGAGAUUCUGAACUCGGCUCCCAAGAGCAUGGCGACUUCCACGCCUGUGGCACGUGGUGGCGGCCUGCCGUCUCCAUUUGGUAAAAACACUCCUUCCAAGACCUUUCCUCCAGAAUGUGAAAACCAGAAGGACCCCUCAGUGAACACCGUUGUAGUGUACGAUUGUGACGUUUGUUCUUUUGCGAGCCCCAACAUGCAUUCUGUGCUGGUCCAUUAUCAGAAGAAACACCCCGAAGAAAAGGCUUCCUACUUUAGGAUCCAGAAAACCAUGCGCAUGGUGUCUGUGGACAGGGGCGCCGCCCUUUCUCAAUUGUCAUUUGAGGUGGGUGCUCCACUGUCUCCCAAAAUGUCCAACAUGGGUUCCCCACCCCCCCCACAACCCCCACCACCAGACCUCAGUACUGAGCUUUACUACUGCAAACACUGUUCCUACAGCAAUCGGUCAGUUGUGGGCGUGCUUGUCCACUACCAGAAAAGACACCCAGAAAUAAAGGUCACUGCCAAAUAUAUCAGACAGGCUCCUCCCACAGCUGCCAUGAUGAGAGGGGUCGAGGGGUUCCAAGGCUCCCCCCGGCCACCUGCUCCCAUGCAGCAGCUGAACCGGAGUGACGGCCCUCCCGUGGAGAACGAGAUGUUCUUCUGUCAGCACUGUGAUUACGGGAACCGGACCGUCAAAGGUGUCCUCAUCCAUUAUCAGAAGAAGCACCGUGACUUUAAGGCCAAUGCCGAUGUGAUCCGGCAGCACACAGCCACCAUCAGAAGCCUCUGUGACCGGAACCAGAAGAAGACGGGCAGUUGCAUGCUUGUCCCUUCCUCUAGUAUAGAGCGGGACAAAACGAAGCUCCGAGCGCUCAAAUGUAGGCAGUGCUCAUAUACCUCCCCCUAUUUCUAUGCACUGAGGAAGCAUAUUAAGAAAGACCACCCCGCCCUGAAGGCCACAGUUACGUCCAUUAUGCGGUGGGCGUUUCUAGAUGGCUUGAUAGAAGCUGGCUACCACUGUGAGUGGUGCAUCUAUUCCCACCCCGAGCCCAAUGGUUUGCUCCUCCAUUACCAAAGGAGACACCCAGAGCAUUAUGUUGACUACACUUACAUGGCUACCAAACUCUGGGCGGGGCCAGACCCAUCCCCUCCUUCUCUCGCAAUGCCAGCUGAAGCCAAAAUCUACAGAUGCCGAGACUGUGCCUUUGAAGCCGUCUCCAUCUGGGACAUCACCAGUCACUACCAAGCGUUCCACCCUUGGGCCAUGAAUGGUGACGAGUCUGGGUUGCUGGAUAUCAUCAAGGAGAAAGACGUGGUCGAGACUCUCCUCCCCCCUUCUGAAGAGCUGAUGGGCCCCAUGAAUUGUGAAAAUAAUAUGCCCCCCCCACUCCCCGAGCAGGAAGCCGAGUGCCCCGAGGAUGCCAGACUCUCCCCCGAGAAAGGCAUCCAGCUGGCUUCCGCUAACCCUGCCAUCUCCUCUACCCCGUACCAGUGCACUGUCUGCCAGUCUGAAUAUAACAACCUUCAUGGCCUUCUCACCCACUAUGGGAAGAAGCAUCCUGGCAUGAAAGUGAAGGCAGCUGACUUUGCCCAGGACAUUGACAUCAACCCUGGUGCCGUCUACAAAUGCCGGCAUUGCCCGUACAUCAACACCCGCAUCCACGGCGUCCUGACCCACUACCAGAAGCGACACCCUUCCAUCAAGGUGACAGCCGAGGACUUCGUGCAUGACGUGGAGCAGUCGACCGAUAUUGCCCAGAACGAUGUGGAGGAAACCAGCAGGAUCUUCAAGCAAGGGUACGGUGCCUACCGCUGCAAGCUCUGUCCCUACACCCAUGGCACCUUGGAGAAGCUUAAGAUCCACUACGAGAAGUACCACAAUCAGCCGGAGUUUGAUGUCUUCUCCCAGUCACCCCCGAAGCUGCCAGUGUCCCUUGAGCCUGAGAUAACCACUGAAGUGAGCCCCUCCCAGGUCUCUGUCACCGAGGAGGAGGUGGUGGGCGAGGAGUCCGUGUCCACCUCUCACUUCUCUACCUCGCACCUGGUGUCCCACACGGUGUUCCGGUGCCAGCUCUGCAAGUACUUCUGUUCCACAAGGAAGGGGAUCGCCAGGCACUACCGCAUCAAGCACAACAACGUCCGCGCCCAGCCCGAGGGCAAGAACAACCUCUUCAAGUGUGCCCUGUGUGCCUACACCAACCCCAUCCGCAAAGGCCUGGCUGCCCACUACCAGAAGCGGCACGACAUCGACGCCUAUUACACCCAUUGCCUGGCUGCCUCCAGAACCAUCAGCGACAAGCCCAACAAGGUGAUCAUCCCGUCCCCGCCCAAGGACGACUCGCCCCAGCUCAGCGAGGAGCUCCGGCGGGCCGUGGAGAAGAAAAAGUGCUCCCUGUGUUCCUUCCAGUCUUUCAGCAAGAAGGGCAUCGUGUCCCAUUACAUGAAGCGCCACCCGGGGGUGUUCCCCAAGAAGCAGCAUGCCAGCAAGCUGGGGGGCUACUUCACCGCCGUCUACGCCGACGAGCACGAGAAGCCGCUGCUGCUGGAAGAGGAGGAGAGGGGCAGCCUGGAGAAAGCCGAGCUGGAGGGCGACGCGCAGGAGAUGGAGUGGCUCCCGUUCCGCUGUGUCAAAUGCUUCAAGCUGUCCUUCAGCACGGCGGAGCUCCUGUGCAUGCAUUACACUGACCACCACAGCCGGGAUCUCAAGAGGGACUUCGUCAUCCUCGGCAGCAACGGCCCCCGCUUGCAGAACCCCGCCUACCAGUGCAAGCACUGUGAUAGCAAGCUGCUAAGCACAGCCGAGCUGACCUCACACUUGAACAUUCACAAUGAGGAAUUCCAGAAGCGUGCCAAACGUCAGGAGAGGAGGAAACAGCUUUUGAGCAAGCAGAAAUAUGCAGAUGGUGCUUUUGCAGAUUUCAAACAAGAGAGGCCUUUUGGUCACUUAGAAGAGGUGCCAAAGAUCAAGGAGAGGAAGGUGGUGGGCUACAAGUGUAAGUUCUGUGUGGAAGUGCACCCGACGCUCCGAGCCAUCUGCAACCACCUCCGCAAGCACGUCCAGUAUGGCAGCGUCCCAGCCGUGAAGCAGGAGGCCGAAGACCCCUCCCACUUGUUCCUGGAUGGAUUUGAAGCUUCCAGAGAGGCCACUGGCACCCUGGUGGACCGGGUGGAUGGUGAACACUGCUUGCUUGAUGGAAUGUUGGAGGAUGAAACCCGGCCGGGGGGAUACCAUUGUAGUCAAUGUGACAGAGUCCUGAUGUCCAUGCAGGGGCUGCGUUCUCAUGAGAGGAGCCAUCUGGCCUUGGCCAUGUUUACCCGCGAGGACAAGUACAGCUGCCAGUAUUGCUCCUUUGUUUCUGCUUUCAGGCACAAUUUGGAUCGCCAUAUGCAAACCCACCAUGGACACCAUAAACCAUUCCGAUGCAAACUCUGCUCCUUCAAGUCCUCCUACAACAGCCGGCUGAAAACUCACAUCCUCAAAGCUCAUGCUGGGGAACAUGCCUACAAGUGUUCUUGGUGCUCCUUCUCCACCAUGACAAUCAGCCAGUUGAAGGAACACUCCCUCAAGGUCCACGGGAAAGCCCUGACCCUCCCCAGGCCACGACUUGUCAGCCUUCUCUCCUCACAUGCCCACCACUCCUCCCAAAAAGCUUCUCCAGCUGAAGAAGUGGAAGACUCCAAUGAUUCAUCCUACUCCGAGCCUCCAGAUGUUCAGCAGCAGUUGAACCACUAUCAGUCGGCCGCCCUGGCGAGGAAUAACAGCCGGGUUAGUCCUGUUCCACUUUCUGGGGCUCCUGGUGGCACAGAACAGAAAACUGAAGCUGUUCUUCACUGCGAAUUCUGUGAAUUCUCUUCUGGCUACAUCCAGAGCAUCAGGCGCCAUUACCGGGACAAGCAUGGAGGGAAGAAGCUCUUCAAGUGCAAAGACUGCUCCUUUUACACAGGCUUUAAAUCUGCUUUUACUAUGCACGUGGAAGCGGGCCACUCAGCGGUGCCCGAGGAGGGCCCCAAAGACCUGCGCUGUCCUCUCUGCCUCUAUCACACCAAAUACAAACGCAACAUGAUCGACCACAUCGUGCUGCACCGAGAAGAGCGAGUUGUCCCCAUUGAAGUGUGCCGUUCCAAACUGUCAAAAUACUUGCAGGGAGUAGUUUUCCGCUGUGAUAAGUGUACCUUCACCUGCUCCAGUGACGAGAGCCUCCAGCAACACAUAGAAAAGCACAAUGAACUGAAACCUUACAAAUGCCAGCUCUGCUACUAUGAGACCAAGCACACGGAGGAACUGGACAUCCACCUUCGAGAUGAGCAUAAGGUAAGCCGUAACUUUGAGCUGGUUGGACGGGUGAACUUGGACCAGCUGGAACAGAUGAAGGAAAAGAUGGAGAGCUCCAGCAGUGAGGAUGAGGACAAGGAAGAAGAGAUGAACAGCAAAGCUGAUGAAAGAGACCUGAUGCACUUUGCUGACCGAGGGGCCCCUCUGAACACUGAGAAGCGUUUUCCCUGUGAAUUUUGUGGACGGGCAUUUUCCCAGGGCUCCGAGUGGGAGAGGCACGUGCUGAGACAUGGCAUGGCAUUGAAUGACACCAAGGAGAUAAGCAGAGCCGAGAUCCCGCUGAAUCAAAGUGUAGAAGACAGUAUUCAGAUGCCCUCUAUAGAGGAGAAGGAAACUGACCAGGCCAUCGGGAUAGACUUUUCCCUCAAGGAUGAAACCGUAGCCAUCUGUGUAGUAGCUGCUGACAAAUCUCUCUUGGAGAAUGCAGAGGCCAAAAAUGAAUAAGCGUUUGGUGAAGUUCUUAAAUCAAACCUUACUUGAACCAUGA